AUGGGCUAUAUAGGCGUCUCCCUCAUCCUCGCCUCCUUCGUCUGGGUCAUCGUCGCCCCUCCGCCAUGGAUUCACCCCUUCAUGCCGCCCUUCCUCCUCGCCUGGAGGAACGACACAAAGCUCCUACCGCCUUCUUCACGGUCAAAGUCCUCUUCGCCUCCACCGCCAAGCGACCAACAUGAGUCAAAGACGACAACCUCGACAACAACUACGAACGGACACGCAUCCGAGCCCUCGACCAAGGAACAGCCGCGCAAUGCCCCUCCCCCGCCAACUCUCAACCUCCCCGAAGACACCAUCGCCGCACCGGCACCCGGGCCCGCGCCGCGCAACGCCACCGCCGCCGCCGUCGCGAUGCCUUCUCCUCCUACUGCGCCAGCCAUCCGCCGCUCCUCCCCGAAUCCUGCGAUUCCCGCGCCGCCCAUGGUAACCGAGCCAGAAACCGAAGAACAAACAACACCAAAGGCAACCCCCGCCGCUCCCGCCGCCUCCGUACCCUCCUUCACACUCGAAGAACCCUCAAAGGCACCGGCACCACCCUCCCUCGGCGCAUCACUCUCUUCGCCCUCAGGAUCCUCUCUCGGCAAAGGAAGCAUGCCGCCCCCUCCUCCGCCUUCAACGACCUCAACCAACAUGAUGCCGCCACCAGCCCCAACGCCCCGCGGUCCAGUCCCCCCCCGCCUAGCCGCCUUCCCAGCAAUGAACUCCCCCCAACGCGCCCGCGGCCCCGUACCGAACCGCGGCCCGGCACCCGGAAGCUCUUCCUCCCUCGGCUCCUCCCUCGCGCCGCCGCCCACACACUCCGCAAAGGCCCCGAAACCAACGCGCAAGGUUAUCCUCACGCCGGGCCACUCCCCACUCGACUGGGCGCGCAUCUCAGGCCCCAACGCCGACCUGCGCAACCUACCGCCCUCGACGCCCUACCUCAAAGUCACGCCCUCGAUGCUGAAGAAGAUGACGGGGAGGAAGGGGAAAGAUGCGUGGAUGGCGUUGGGUGGGAGGGUGUACAAUAUCACGCCCUACCUGCCGUACCACCCGGCUGGCGAGCCCGAGUUGCUGCGCGGCGCGGGUCGCGAUGCGACGAAGUUGUUUGGGGAGAUUCAUCCCUGGGUGAAUUACGAGACUAUGCUCUCCGCCUGUCUCGUGGGGUUGUUAGUAGAUGAGGAAGAGGGCACGAAGCCGAGCGCGAUGGAUGAGAUGGACUGA